CUUGCCUCCCCCUCUCUCCGCACCUCUCCUUUUCACAAAAAAAGCCCCCAAGCGCCUUGCUCUCCGAACCCCCUUCACGGAUACCGAACCAAGAUUGGAUCAGUACCACGCUUUCUAGCUUGCCACUGAGAUGGACUCGACAGCCUCUCUUGGGGGUGGCGAUGGCCGGGACCCGCCUGGCCAGCCACCCACCACCGGGACCGAUCCUGGCAAUGAGGAUCAGCAGUUGGUCCGCCAGAAGAAGAAGUCCCGUCGCCGGCACCGGCUGGCCAUGGCCCUGCUGAUGGGCGGCCGGUCGUCCUCGGAUGGCCCCAACGGCGGGUCGCCGGCACUGGCCUCCACCGGGUCGCAGCUUCUCCACGCCCUUCAGUGGGCCACCAGCAGCGCGGCCGCCUGGCGCCCGCGUGGCAAGAAGUCCAAGUCCAAGACGUCAGCCAGUGGCGAGGGCCUGGCCAGCCCGCUGGAUGACGAGGAUCCCGCCUCGCCGGAUGCCGGCGGGGACCUGUCCCCCCCGGUGUCCCCCACCACGGACGAGCCCCAGACCCCGCAGUCGCAUGCGUAUUCGCAGGCGACUCCCGGGUCUCGUCGGCCGCUGGCCGGCGUUGGCCAGGGGACCGGCCAUGCGGCGGUGGCCGCUCGUGCAGUCGGCUUCUCCGGCGCCAUUGGCGGGAAUCUUGCCUCCCCAUCGACGCCUUCCUCCGGCAUCCGGCCCUCCUCGUCCAUGAUUGGUAUCAUGCGCUCGUCGACGCAGCAGCCCGGCGCGACGGCCAAUGGGGACCUCCUGCUCCAUACCGGCUCGUCGAUGAUCGACGACGAUGACGACCUGGGCACCGUGGCGCUGAACGACUCGCAGCCGCCGCAAACGGCCGAGGAUGCUCGCAUCGCCGCGCUGCUGACUUUGCGCCAUGGGCUUGGGGAUUUCUCGGAUGACGAUUCGGACGACGAAUCGGACGAUGGGGAGUCGGACGACGAGCUGUCACGGUCGGCCUCCCCCUCGCGGCCUCGGGCCAUGCGCAACAAGGCCACCUCCGGGCGCGGAUACGACCCCUAUGGCCGGGAGGAAGACCGGAUCCAUUCCAUGAGUUCCAUUUCCAUUCAAAGCCUCUUUUCCGACUCGGCCGGCAGCCCGGCCGGCCCGGUGGAGGCAUCUACCGACGAGCUGGCCGCCGUGAAGACCGUGCAAAAUAUGCUGGCCGCCUCGUCCGGGCUGAGCCGGUCGCGGCAGAGCGUCGCCCAGGCGGCUGCCAGCGAGGACGCCAGCGGUGUGGCCGAUGUCCUGUCUUCCGAUGAGGAGGGCGAAAUGGCCGGCACCGCGGAGGACGGGUCGCGGCUGUCGGCCAAGUUCGGCGCCGCUGGUCGCAUGCUGGACCCGCAUGAGUGUGUCAUCCAGCUGCGCGAGCUGGUUUUGGCUUUGACCUUGCAGGAUGACUACACCGGGUCCUUUGGCACCCCCUCCCCGGGGCACUCGCGCUCCGGGUCUCUGUCCUCCCCCGGCAGUGGGCCCGUUGCCCCGAGCAAGGGGGUGGUGCUUGCCACCGCCGAGGGUGGCCCGGUGCACUCGGGCAUGCUGCUGCUCCGUGCAUUGGAGAUCUGCCUGCGCACGGAGCUCGGCGCCUGGACGCGCAUGUUCAUCGAGGCCAGCGGUGUCGAGGCUCUGGUCGAUGCCAUGGCCUCCAUCGAGUCUGUGUCCAGCGGCGAGGGCGCCUUCUCGGGGAGUCGUCGACCUGGUGAGCCGGAUCACCAGCCGGCCUUCCUGAGCGCGCACGACUCCAGCGAGUUGGUGACGCGCUGCGUGUUGUGCUUGAAGGCUCUGAUGAAUAAUCCGGUCGGCUUGCGGGCGGUCCUGUCGGAUCCGGCCCUCUGUGCCAGUGCCCUCCGGUCGCUGGCCCUGUGUAUCUCGGCGCGCAGCUUGCACGCUCGGAUUCUCACGCUGGACAUCCUGGCGGCCAUCUGCUUCGUCCCGCGGGUGGGGACUGGACUGGUGUUGGACUCGCUGACGCACUUCGCGCAUGUCCGGCGGGAGAACCGCCGCUUCCAGACACUGGUGUAUGACCUGCGAUUUGCCACCAGUAUCGACCUCAAGAUCAGCCUCAUGUCGCUGGUGAAUGCGGUGUGCCACUCGUCCGAGGACUUGGCCGUGCGGUUGUACAUCCGCAAUGAGUGGCUGGAUCUCGGCGUGUCGGAUGUCUUCCCGGACUUGCUGGCUCUCGGGGACCGGUCUCUCCGGCGGCAGAUCACCAUUUUCGAGACCGAGCGCCUGGAGGACGAGCAUGAGGUCAUGCAAAUCUCCGACCUGAAGAAUGUGGACUGGAGCGAUCCGGUCCACAUGGCGGCGUCCAUCGACGCGGCGCUCCAUGCCACCGGGGCCCACAUGUGGUUCAAUCGCAUGAUGCAGCAGCUGAUGCUCUUCCCGAUUGCGGUGGCGACGUCCAUUUCGUCGGCCGAUGUGGCUGUCGAGCGGCGCAUCCUCAACCAGUACUGGCGUCUGAUGUACGAGGUGGCCUCGCAGGUGGCCCUGGUUCGGCCGACGGCCGAGGGGAUCGCGCCCUUCCUGUCGGCGGCCGGCCUGUCCGAGGCGGGCCCCGGGUCCGAGGUGGCCGGGUUCAUCGACGCGGCCGAAGAGGCGGCCCUCGAGGCCACGGCCGCUCUUGGCAGCGAGCCAGUGUUCAACCCACUUGGCCCGGCGGCCGACUAUGCCGGGAUCGCGGGGCAAACGUUCGACUACACGCCUCUCGGCCUGGAUCUAGACAUGGACCGGCUGCUGGCGCUGGUGGCGCGCAACGACCCCGUUGACUCGGCUGUCCAGGAGCUGGCCUCCGUGCGUAAGCACCUGGAGGAGGCGUAUGAGGAUGCGCACGAGCUGCUGGCCAGUGGUGAGCCGCUGGAAACCCCGGCAUCCAAGGCCGCCUCGGCGGGCCCGCCCAUGCCGGACAUCGAUCCGAAGAAGCCAGUCGACUGGCAGAAUGUCCUGGCUGCGCUGCCGGAAUCUUGCUCGCCUUUGCGCCGACUGCUGUCGAGCCCCGACGUCCAAAUGGCCGUUGGACAGGCCCUCAACCCGGCCACGGUGGUGGUCAAGCAGGCGACUCCUUCGGCCCCGGCCAAACCGGCAGCCGCUCCGGCACCCGCCCCACCGCCCCCGGCGGCGGCGCCGCCCCCUCCUGCAGCUGCUCCGCCGCCGCCUGCCCCGCCGCCGCCCCCGGGAGCUGGUGCUCCGCCACCGCCGCCGCCGCCGCCGCCGCCGAUGAUGGGCGGGGGACCUCCGCCGCCGCCGCCGCCGCCUGGCGGUGGGCCUCCGCCACCGCCGCCGCCCCCUGGUGGUGGGCCUCCGCCGCCCCCGGGUGCCGGGCCUCCGCCUCCGCCUGGCGCCGGUCCCCCGCCUCCGCCGGGUGGCUUCGGGCGGGCGGGGCCGGCCGCGCCGGCUGCCCCAGCGCAUGUGCCCACGCGUAAGAUGCGCCCGGUGGCCUGGAACAAGUUGCCUCCCCGAGUGCUGUCGACGACCCUCUGGACGCAGCCAGCCGCGGCCGACACGCCAACCCUGCUGCCUCUGACCUCGGAGCAGCAGAAGAAGCCCUCUUCCGCCGGGACGGGCUCCGGCGCUUCCAUCAGUGUGAUUCCCCUCCAGGAACUGGAAGAGCUGUUCGGCGCGGAGGAAGUCGCCCCGGGAGGCGGCAAGGACGCCUCGGGUGCCGGCGACGGCGAUGCCAGCAAGAAGAAGGAUGCCGCCGGGGCGGCGGCCGCCGCCGCCGGGCCGCCGGAACUGAACCUCAUUGAUGGGAAGCGGUCCAACAACAUGGCCAUCACCCUGUCGCGGGUGCGGCAUUCGAACCAGGCCAUCCGGGAUGCCCUGCUCUCGGUCAAUGAUGCUCUGCUGGAUGAGGCCACCCCGCGGUACUUCAAUGGUGCCCUGCCGACGGAUGAGGACAUCAGCAUCAUCCGGACGCAUGUUUCCCCGGAUGGCAAGACCGAUCCGAGCAUGGUUGCUCGGCUGGCUCGCGUUGAAAGGUUCUUCUGGGACGUGUGCCUGAAUGUGCCGAACUAUGCGGAGCGUGUGGCGGCGCUGACCUUCCGCUGUCGCUUUGAUGAGCAAUCCUCCGAGGUGAAGAAGAAUGUCGAUGCCAUCCUCCUUGCAUCCAAGCAAACCUACUCGGCCAAGCACCUGCAGCGUAUCAUGCGCACGGUGCUGGAGAUUGGUAACUACCUGAACUCCGGGACUUUCCGUGGCCAGGCUCAGGGCUUCCGGCUGGAUGCGCUGUCUCGGCUGCCGGAGACUCGCGGUCGGCCGGCCUCCUUUACCCUGAUGCAUUACAUUGCCCAGGCCCUGGGCAACCCGCCGGUGGUCCUGGCCGAUGUGCAGGCCGACGGCGCGGACGGCACCCCGAGCAUCAGCAUCGCCCAGCGGGAGCCACCGCGCGACAGUGUGGCCGACAUCCUGCGUCGAGAGAUGCCGGCUGUCGGGGAUGCCAGUCGCCUGAGUCUUCCUAUCAUUGAGAGCGAGAUGGCCGAGCUUCGCCGCGGUCUGGCCGCCAUUGUCAGCCUGCUGAAGAUUCACUCUCCCUCUUGGGAGCUGCCGCCGGCCGAGGCCAUGCUGUCCGGUGAUGAGGCCGACGACGACAGUGACGGGCCCCUGUCCCCGAAGCUUGGCCUCACUUCGGGCGGCGUGGCAGGCACUGGUGGUCAGGGCGCGAGCGCGGCUGCCGCCGGAUCUGGCGGCGCCGAGGCCGAUGCGGCAGGUGUCGGCCAUGCGCCAAGCAGCUCGGAGGACCGGUUCUUCACGGUCUUUUCGGAGUUUGCCCGGCGCGUGCACCGGCGGAUCUGCACCAUCGAAAAGUCCCUGGCGGACGCAAAUAAGGCCUUCGAGCAGGUGGCCCUGCUGUAUGGCGAGGACCCGAAGGCCACGUCAACCGAACAGAUCUUCGGCCUGCUGAAUGAGUUCAUGGAAUCGCUUGCACGCUGCCACAAGGAGAAUAUUGCCGACUUCCAGCGGCGUCGUCAGCAGGAAGCCCGGGAGGCUCGCGCUGCGGCCGCUGCGGCCGCGGCCGCCGCCUCGUCGCCGGCGCUCGGGACGAGUGCCGGUGGGCGUCCUGGUGCGGCUGGGCGCCGGCGCCCGCCUCCGGGCAACAUGCCGGAUGACACCGGCGACGAGGGUCCCGGCGCCAUGGACGAUCUGAUCGCCACCAUUCACAGUGGCUCGGUCUUCCGUCGGACGAAGUCCCAGAUGGGCCUGGCCCCACCUUCGCUGAAUGCCGUGCGCAAUCGCCUGGCUACCGGGGGCAAUGCCUCCAGCGGGCCGGGCAGCGAUGCGGGCAGCUCGUCGGCCGGCUCGUCACUGGUGGACCUGGUGGCUGGCGGUGGCUCCGGCAUGACCAGCGGCAUUCCAUCGACCGACAGCCUGGACAAUGUGAGUCUGGAAUCCUUCACAACGAACGUCGGCCAGCCGCGCCGACGCGCCACUCGGCGUCUCGGCGGCGGUCUGUCAGCCGGGUCCUCGGGGCUUGAUCUGCUGGAUGACCCGCUGUCGGUGGAUCUCGGAUCGGCGGGUGGCAGUGGAGCGGCCUCGGCUUCGGCUUCCUCGUCGUCGGAUCCGCUGAAUGACCCGCUGUCCUCGCCGACGUCACCCUCCGGCCGCGAUGCAGGGCUCUGGUCGCUGGCGGCUGGAGGGGCCACCGGGGCGGGGCAGGCGCCGGCCGCCUCGCGAGUGGCUCGCGCUCGAUCCACGGUGUCCCGGCAGCCGGGGGCCAAUGGUGUCGGGUCGGCGGCGCCGCUUCUGCGGUCCCCCUCGCGGGCGUCUGGUGCGCUGCUUAAUUCGGCGGCCAUUGCUCGGCAGCGGGCUGCCGGAGCUCGGUCGAGAACGACCUCGACCGAUGCGCCCGCCUCCGCGCCCGAGGAUGAUGCCCUGCAGGCGGCUUUCCUGGAAUCGCACAUUUGAUCGCCAGCACGCGCAUGAUGAAGUCAAUUCCUGGGUCGGUCCCUUUUCCCUUGAACCAUCGCUCAGCCAUUCCCCCCCCCCCCUCCUCCCUCCCUUCCCUCUCCUGUCCCUCCAUCCUUCACACCUCUCCUUGAGGAGGACCGAGGGGGAGAGAGGAGGAACAGAAAUACACAUGUCCCUUGGAA